AUGAACAUUCAGAGUCUGGCGGUGUCGGCCCCUUUGGGAACAGCGCCUUCGUUUCUCCUGUUCAGUAGGACUGACACAUGUGCUUGGGUUUUCCCUUCCUGUGCUGUGAUCUGGGAAGUUCCCACCUCCCAGCAAAGCCCUGAAACAUGUUUAAAAUCGGAGGCAAAAAUUGAGAAUGGAUUUAUUGCUCAGCCUGGAUUUACAUAUCUCUUAAAUCAAAAAGUAAAAUAUAAGUGCAAACAAGAUUAUGUAACGGAAGAUGGUCAGACAUCCGGGUCUAUUACGUGUCUCCAGAAUGGAUGGUCAGCUCAACCCAGAUGCAUUAAAUCUUGUGGUGUGCCAGUAUUUGAGAAUGCCAGAGCCAGAAGUGAUGGCACGUGGUUUAAGGUCAAUGACAGGUUGGAAUAUGAAUGCCAGGAUGGAUAUAAAAACCGAGAUGGACACACCGUAGGCUCCAUAGUGUGUGGUGACAAUGGUUGGUCUGAUACACCCACCUGUCAGGCAAUGAAUUGUUCUACCCCACCCAGCUAUGGCAGUGCCAUCCUCACAAGCCAGAAGAAGAACUCAUACAAGUCAGGAGAACAAGUGGCUUAUAGAUGUCCAGAACAUUACCAAAUGGAUGGAUCCAAUGUUGUAGAGUGCAGGGACGGCAUUUGGAUAGGAACACCCACAUGCAAAGAAAUAUGUUUAAAAUCGAAGGCAAAUAUUGAGAAUGGAUUUAUUGCUGAGUCUGAGUCUACAUAUCCCUUGAAUAAGAAAACAAAAUAUAAGUGCAAACAAGGUUAUGUCACAGAAGAUGGUCAGACAUCCGGGUCUAUUACAUGUCUCCAGAAUGGAUGGUCAGCUCAACCCAGAUGCAUUAAACUUUGUGAUUUGCCAAUAUUUGAGAAUGCCACAGCCAUAAUCACUGGAAAACCAUUGCUACCCAAUGACACGCUGGACUACCAGUGCCUGGAUGGCUAUGAAAACAGAGAUGGAAAUGCCCUGGGUUCCAUGCUGUGUAGCGAGGACGGCUGGCUCCACUUGCCAACCUGCUUUAAAUCUGCAGACAAGUGUGGGCCUCCUCCAGCGAUUAGCAAUGGAGACAUCACCUCCCUCCUAUUGGAAGGGUACCCUCCAGGGUCAAGAGUGGAAUACCAAUGCCAGGCCUACUAUGAACUCCGGGGUCCUAGAUAUGUAACCUGUAGUUAUGCAAAGUGGUCUGAAGUCCCGAGAUGCAUAGAUCCAUGUGUAAUUUCAGAAGAAAUCAUGAAUGAAAAGAACAUACAGUUAAAAAGGAAAGAUGACAAACGCUAUUAUGUAAAAACAGGGGAUAUCAUUGAAUUUAUGUGCAAAUCGGGACGCAAGGCGGUGACGUCAGAGGAGUCAUUUCAAGCCAUGUGUCGGGAAGGGGCAGUGGAGUUCCCCAGAUGUGAAUGAGGAAGCCCUGUGGCCCCAAAUAUGUGGCCAGUCCCACCUACUGCUCUUCCUGCCUGAAAGCUUGCCAGUCUUCUGGCAUUUCCUGCUCUUUCCUGUGGAAGAUAUUUGUCUAAUACUUAGUUUUAUGUUCUU